GUCUCAUCCUCUUUCCUUAGCAGAGCAGAGUCGCAGACUAGCAGAGUAGCACUGUAGCAGUAAGCAGUCCGCCUGCGCCUUCCAAAUCGCAACUUCCGCAGGCCGCACUCCGCAGUCGCUCCUUCUUCCUCAGUCUCCGACUCUCCGCAUCGCCGCCUCGCGUCUGGGAGUCCGUCGCAGUCUUGCAGAGUCGCCUUCGGCAGUCCUAGUCCCCUUGCUUGCUUCUCCGAUAUAGAAGUCUGAAGCAGUUGCCUACUUUGGAAUUAGUGAAACACCUGGAGCUCUGCCACUGUUGCUGAUAGGUACAUCACAAUCCAGCUUCCGGCCACUCAGUGUCUUCCCCUUGAGCUCCUUUUGACCUCUCAUUGCCUUCUUUGUGCUCCUACACUGUUUUACUUCAUUGUUUUUAGUCGAAUUGUAAUGGAAUCCACAGCAAAAUCUGAAGAAGCAGAUGUUGUUUAUUCCAAAAAUGGCUGGAACCGUCAAUUGGGGCACUGCUACCGUUAUUGGAGUAUUUGCUGGCAUGCUAUAUGGAGGUAGCAAGGAGGCAGCAGCUUCAGUUAGCAAGGAUGCAGAGGUGAUGCUGAAGCUUGGGAGCACACCAGAUAAGCGUGAACAGUAUCGCCUGAUGAGAGAUGCCAUGGAGAAAAGAUUUGUACGAGUCACUCGUGGCUCAAUAGUUGGUGGAGUUCGUCUUGGGAUGUUCACUGCUGCAUUUUACGGGUUGCAGAAUCUUCUUGCUGAGAAGCGUGGAGUGCAUGAUGUAUAUAAUGUUGUUGGAGCUGGAUCUGCUACUUCUGCAGCUUUUGGUCUUAUUAUGCCAGGGUCAUUCUACUGGCGUGCAAGAAAUGUUAUGUUGGGUUCUGCUUUAGGUGCUAUAUUUUGUUUUCCACUUGGUUGGCUUCAUCUGAAGCUUGUAGAGAAAGCAAAUGAAUCCCAGACCAAUAACAACAAAGAAGUGAAGAGUGGGGUUGGUGCUGCAAUCGAGAGGCUUGAAGGUCAACUCAGUAAAAGGACUGAUUGAAUGCUGCCCUGUCAGGGUAUAAGGUUUUUUAUGUAAUUCCUUGGCAUGGUAUUGAAGGAAAUGGAAUGAUAAUGAAGAUAAGUAACAACAACAGGUGUGCAUGUGGUGGUGGUGGUGGUGGUUGGGGGGGGGGGGGGGGGUAAGUUAAUCAAAAGAAAUGUCAGGUUAGUGUUGUUAUCAGUUCUCUUUUAGAAACUUGCUCCUGUUGUUGUUCGUGGCGCAUAGAGAUGUGUGUUAAUCAUAAAAGAACACAUUUUUGUCACUGAGUGUGGAUGUUAGCAUCCUCUCUCAUUGACAUAUACAGAGUAUAUGUUUACUGCAGAAUCUAGAAAGUUUUAUUUUCUGUGGUCUACCCAGAUCGCUCUCUUUUACCCAGGCAACCAUGCACCGAGAGUUUGAACUGUUGAUAUUACUCAUGUCAUGUAAGAUUGAAAAGAUAACAGGAAGGCUGAUUUUGAUUGCUAUCAUUAACCUUUCUGAUGACUGGUUUUGCAAGUUUUUCUUUUAUUAGUAUUGAAUGGUUGUUUCAUUGUUCG